UCUGGUUGUUUUAUUUUCGAGGUGCUCUUCUAAAUACAUUAACAAUAAAUUGCGUAGAGAGCGGUACAAUUUUUUAAGUUGUGAAUAAAACAAAUAUAAACAAAAGCUUGCGCAAGUGAAUUAGUUCAAUUGUAAAUUAUAAAUAAAGCAAUACAUAUAAACGGCCGGCAAAACAGAGAGCGCAACUUUUUAGAGAGAGCCAAAUAGGAAAAGAUUAGAGUUGCCAGGUUUCAAUUAGGUACCAUACUGAAAACAGUAAUUAAGCCAGAAACAAAGUGAAUAAGGCGAAAUUGAAUAAAGCAAACGAAUAAACCAAGGAAAUAUGCACAGAAAACGCAUUCAUAGCCUACUUAUCGCAUGAAGCACCGGUACCGUUAACGGAUAAUCGCCGUCGCGUUAAUUCAACUCCCCGCCCCCCUUCGCCGUUUCGCCCGUUCAUAUAGCCGAUAUAACCGUUAUCGCGCCCGUGCAUCUGCGUCUGCAUCUGUGUGCGUGAGUCCUUGUAUCCUCUGUACAUAUGUACAAUAUUUGUCGUCGUCGUCGUCGUGCAUCGUUGUUGUUGUUCUUGCUGUUAUCCUAUUAUUCAUCGUCGUCCGCUGGCAUUAAUCUGCGUAUAAAGUAAAUAUAACAAAUUUGUGUUCUUCGGUGUUGUCUCGUGUAAGUGUCUAUAAUUUGUUUAAGUACGACAAGCGAUCGGUGCGAAUCAAAAAAUUCCAAUUCACCAGUCGACGUCAGUGUGUGCAAAUCGAUAAUCGAGCUAUCAGAACCACCACAACCACAACAACAACCCAAUCAAUCGAUCAAUGUCAGCAAACAAGCGAUAAGCAGGACUCGCUGGGACUAAUCAAUUGCGUAAUCUUUCGAAUAUCUUGGAUCCCAACGUCCAAGGAGUUUCAACUUUUGAACAAAAGUUUCGGCUUACACAAUCCAUUCUAUUGGACAGUUUUUGGAAAGAAAUGACUGAACUUUCAACCCGCAAUCCAUUUGUUCGCCCAUAAAACCCAGAGACAAUUUAAGCCCUGUUAUGACAAGUUGUUGAACAAAAAAUUAAUCAAUAUAUUUUGAAAUAAUUUAAAAUCAAUUUAAAGUUAAAAGUAAAAAGUAAAUUCAGCUGCAAUAACUCGGAAACACGCACAACCAAGCCAAACAAACAUAAAAUCAAAUCCAUUUAAGUGCAAUAAAGUUAGAGGCAAAGCACACACAGAAAAUCAACAAUAAUAGAUGUUGCAAAUUUAAUCAAACCAACUGAAAUUUAACUAAAUUUUAUGCAAAAUAGAAAUGUUAAAUUCACACAACACAAACCACAAUAACAACAGCGGCAACGGCAACGGCAGCGGCAGCAACAACAACUAUAACAAAGGCCACAAAAUGCAUUUGAAAGGUGCAACGGCAAAAGCAACAAUAAUGAAACAUAAGUUAAGCAAAUCUUACGGAUACGGUUGGAUGCAAGUCUUCCUACUACUUACAGUCCUCGUGAUUGGUAAUCAAAGUGCCUGGCAGGAGAAUAUACGACCAAAACUCUACGUUGAAUUAGGUCCCGAAGAUGUACUGAAGUUUGUGGGAAACGAAAGUGUUGUGGAUCACUUCAAGCUCGUUACCAAGGAUGGCAACAGUCUGCUCAUUGGUGCCAGAAAUACGGUUUUUAAUUUAAGCAUACACGACCUCGUGGAGCAGCAGCGAUUGGUCUGGACAUCGCCGGAGGAUGAUACCAAAAUGUGUCUCGUCAAGGGCAAGGAUGAGGAGGCCUGCCAGAACUACAUCCGCAUCAUGGUGGUGCCAUCGCCGGGUCGCCUCUUCGUCUGUGGCACCAACUCGUUCCGGCCCAUGUGCAACACGUAUAUCAUUAGUGACAGCAACUACACGCUGGAGGCCACGAAGAACGGACAGGCGGUGUGCCCCUACGACCCCCGUCACAACUCCACCUCUGUGCUGGCCGACAACGAACUGUAUUCCGGUACCGUGGCGGAUUUCAGUGGCAGCGAUCCGAUUAUCUACAGAGAGCCCCUGCAGACCGAGCAGUACGAUAGCCUAAGUCUCAACGCCCCCAACUUUGUGAGCUCAUUUACGCAGGGGGACUUUGUCUAUUUCUUCUUUCGGGAAACCGCUGUGGAGUUCAUCAACUGCGGCAAGGCGAUUUAUUCGCGCGUUGCCCGCGUCUGCAAGUGGGACAAAGGUGGCCCGCAUCGAUUCCGCAACCGCUGGACAUCCUUCCUCAAGUCCCGCCUCAACUGCUCCAUUCCCGGCGAUUAUCCUUUCUACUUUAACGAAAUCCAAUCGGCCAGCAAUCUGGUGGAGGGACAGUACGGCUCGAUGAGCUCGAAACUGAUCUACGGAGUGUUCAACACGCCGAGCAACUCGAUUCCCGGCUCAGCGGUUUGUGCCUUUGCCCUCCAGGACAUCGCCGAUACGUUUGAGGGUCAGUUCAAGGAGCAGACCGGCAUCAACUCCAACUGGCUGCCAGUUAACAACGCCAAGGUGCCCGAUCCUCGACCCGGCUCCUGUCACAACGAUUCGAGAGCGCUUCCGGAUCCCACACUGAACUUCAUCAAAACACACUCGCUAAUGGACGAGAAUGUGCCGGCAUUUUUCAGCCAACCGAUUUUGGUCCGGACGAGCACAAUAUACCGCUUCACCCAAAUCGCCGUAGAUGCGCAGAUCAAAACUCCUGGCGGCAAGACAUACGAUGUUAUUUUUGUGGGCACAGAUCAUGGCAAGAUUAUCAAGUCAGUGAAUGCCGAGUCCGCCGAUUCCGCAGAGAAAGUCACCUCCGUUGUCAUCGAGGAGAUCGAUGUGCUGACCAAGAGCGAGCCCAUUCGCAAUCUGGAGAUAGUCAGAACCAUGCAGUACGAUCAACCCAAAGAUGGCAGCUACGACGAUGGCAAAUUAAUCAUUGUGACGGACAGCCAGGUGGUAGCCAUACAAUUGCAUCGUUGUCACAACGACAAAAUCACCAGCUGCAGUGAGUGCGUCGCAUUGCAGGAUCCCUACUGCGCCUGGGACAAAAUUGCCGGCAAGUGCCGUUCGCACGGAGCUCCCCGAUGGCUGGAGGAGAACUACUUCUACCAGAAUGUGGCCACUGGCCAGCAUGCGGCCUGCCCCUCAGGCAAAAUCAAUUCGAAGGAUGCCAACGCCGGGGAGCAGAAGGGCUUCCGCAACGACAUGGACUUAUUGGAUUCGCGGCGCCAGAGCAAGGAUCAGGAAAUCAUCGACAAUAUUGAUAAGAACUUUGAAGGUCCCCAAAUCUCCGCAGAUAUAAUCAACGCCCAGUACACGGUGGAGACCCUCGUGAUGGCCGUGCUGGCCGGUUCGAUCUUCUCGCUGCUGGUCGGCUUCUUUACAGGCUACUUCUGCGGUCGCCGUUGCCACAAGGACGAGGACGACAAUCUGCCGUAUCCGGACACGGAGUACGAGUACUUCGAGCAGCGCCAGAAUGUCAAUAGCUUCCCCUCGUCCUGCCGCAUCCAGCAGGAGCCCAAGCUGCUGCCCCAGGUGGAGGAGGUGACGUAUGCGGAGCCGGUGCUGCUGCCCCAGCCGCCGCCGCCCAAUAAGAUGCACUCGCCCAAGAACACGCUGCGCAAGCCCCCGAUGCACCAGAUGCACCAGGGUCCCAACUCGGAGACCCUCUUCCAGUUCCAGCCCGACGGCUACAACACCCAGCAGUCGUAUCGCGGUCGCGACAACUUCGGCACGCUGCGUUCCCACCAGGUGAUGGGCGAUAAUUACAGGCGCGGCGAUGGCUUUUCCACCACCCGCAGCGUCAAGAAGGCUGUAAACAACACAAACACACGUAACAGAAGUCUUGGUCGCGCAAGAAGACAGCCGCCCCGUCAUGGCAUUGUAACUCAACACCGCUCGAAUAGCCCCCAGCAGCAGCAACAGCAGUCGCAGCAGCCGCACUCCAGUUCCGGCUCCUCGCCCGUAAUGUCCAACAGCAGCAGCAGUCCGGCUCCGCCCUCCAGUAGUCCCAGUCCGCAGGAGAGCCCCAAGAACUGCAGCUACAUCUACCGUGAUUGAUUGAUAUGCAAUACCAAAUCGAUGCCACUCAUCCAGGCCCAGUCCACGCACGUCCAGCCACACCCACACACACACCCGCAUCCACACCCGCUUCCGCCCCCCGUUCCGACCACGCCCCCAGCCCAGCCACGCUCCAGGAGUCCAGUGAUCAGCAGGACGUACGCCAAGUCCAUGCCCGUCACGCCAGUUCAACCGCAAUCGCCGCUGGCCGAGACGCCCUCCUAUGAGCUCUACGAACGCCACUCCGAUGCCGCCAACUACCACUUCGGGGAUGAGGACGAUGAGGAAGAUGACGAUGACGAUGAGCACGACCAGGAGGACACCUCAUCGCUGGCCAUGAUCACACCGCCGCCGCCCUACGACACUCCGCACCUGGUGGCAUCGCCACCGCUGCCGCCGCCACGUAGAUUUCGCUUUGGCAACCGGGAGCUCUUCAGCAUGAGUCCAGCCGGAGGCGGAGCCACGCCCACCGCCUCGACAGUCAGCCGCGGCAGCAGCGCCAUAACGCCCACCAAGCUGAGUGCGGCGGCAGCGGCCAUGUUUGCCGCACCCCAAAUGGCCACCCAACUCAACCGGAAGUGGGCUCAUCUGCAGAGGCGGCGGCGCCGGCGCAACAGCAGCUCCGGCGACUCCAAGGAGCUCGACAAACUGGUCCUGCAAUCGGUCGACUGGGAUGAGAACGAGAUGUACUAGUACGCAAACCAACAAUGAGAUAGCAGAAGCACUUUGAUUCAGAAUUUAUACACCUUUGUUUGCAUACUUAAAUGGGAUCGUUUGUAAAAUCGUGUUCCUAAACAAGAAACACAGUUACAUGUUAAAGUAAUUAUUUUUAAUUGUUGUAAAGAUGCUGCAAUCUUUGUUUUCUGCUACCUCACUUAGUACACACUACUUAUUUGCAACGUGGCGCUCCCUUCCCUUAAACUCAAAACCGCAAUCGGAAAAUCAUUCAUUAGCGAUAGAAACUGGAUGGGGAUUUACUUACACACAAAAAGCCAGAGAAGUUAUACACGAAGUUUAUAGUUAUAUAGCCUUUAUACAUACUCCCCGAUCUGCUAAGUAUACACAAGCAUAACAGAACAUACGUAUAUAUGACUCUAUAUAUAUACCAAUAGAUUUCAUAGACGGUUCACAAGGAUCGGCUACGCUAAAUUAGAGCUGCAAAAUGAUAUUGUUAAUUACGAUUAGAGCGAAAAAACAACAGAUGUAAAUAUUAAUCCUAGAGAUGGGAAGGACGUAACAUACUGUAAGCAAACCUUAUUCGAAUAGAGUAUACACAAGAUAUACAAGAUUUUUUGCAUUUAACCCAGAGAAAUUUAAAAUAGAUAAAAUUAGAAAGUCAUAACAAAUGGUUAAGAACAAAGAGAAAACAAAACAAAACAAAACAAAACGAAACGCUUAUUACUGAUUUAUACAAAUGAAAUAAGUUACCGGAAUAGUAGGAGGGCAAACAAAUUAGUCUUAAGCCGUCAGAAAUCUGGGAAACAGGAGGGGAUUGCAUUCGGGAUUCAUUCCGAACUGGAACUUGGUACUGCCAAACGCGAUGCAGCGCUCCCAACGAAAUCGAGUCCAUCGAGUGCACUUUCCAUUGUCAAUUUCAUUUGCAGAGCCUCAAGCUAUAGUACUUCUUCAGACUUCCGAAUUCAGACUACAGACUACAGACUCCUGCGCUUCUGCUUCAGUCUGCUAUAGGAACGUGUAAAUUAUGUACAGGACUAUACGCAUUAUUCAACCGAUCUGUACAGUGCGAUCUGCAGUAUGUGCGAUAUGUGCCAUAAUUGGGCAUGUGCCCUCUUUGAGUUUAGUUGUUAUUGUUUGCAUUGAUUCAGAAUAGUUCUUUACCGAGAACACAACUCGCUAUCUUUGUAUAUACUCGAAUAUAUAUACAUAUAUAUAUAUACAUAUAUAUAUACAUAUAUGCAUGAAGACGGAUACACAAAUUUCAUGUGAAGUGAUCGAUCAAAAUUUAGUGAAAGCAUUCAAACUGAACUUUAGCCUAGCCACAUAGGGUUUGUAAUAUAGACUGGACAGAGGGCAGAACAAAACUUUUGAAAAUAUUUUCACUAGGGGCAUUGCUAAUGUUGUUCUCAUAUUAAAGUAUAUUAGAAAUAGGAUAAGCCAAUUGAUACUCAAUAUUUUGUAUGAGAAACAUUCAAAUCAUCCGAUCAAACUUGGAAAUUGCGUUGCAAAACGAGUAAAAAAGCGUAGAAAUAUCUAAAUCAAAGCAAAUGUAUAAACGACAAAACCCAUAAAAAAGCAGUAGAUUUAAAAAGUAAACCCACACAAAAACGUAAGCGUAUAUAUUGAUUAAUAUAUACUUUAUGCAGCUGCAAUUUAAUGCUUUUUAUAUGCCAUUUUACUUUUUGACAAAAUGUAUACAACCGAAGAAAAAUCAUCAACAGCGGAAAACGAAAAUGCAUAGAAACCAAGUAGAAUCAUUACGAUUACAUUACGAUUUAGACAGCCAAAGACACGAAUGAUUUUAAAAGUUGUUUUUAAAGUUGUUUGUGCUAAUUUUUAAUUAGUUUUAUUUGUACAUAAAUAUUAUUUAAAGCAAUUUAUACCGCUAAACAAACUGUGUAACACUAAUGUUACUGUUUCUAAUUAUUUAGUUAUUCCAUUAUGCUCUCUAUUAUUGUCUUCUUUUUCUUAAACGAAAUAGUGUCGAGUAAUUUGAAAGCAAUAAAAACCCUUGGAAAAAUAUAUGAAAAACAUAAAUGAGAUUCAGACACAUAGAGUAGCAGCAGAUGGUAAAACUUAGGAAUACACUAGAGUUUUGAACUAAUUCUAGAUCUACAUCAACUACUUAUACAAUUGCAUACAAGUAUUAAUUGAAUCAGAUCAUUAACUUUUAUACACUUUACCAUUUACAUACGAGUAUAUACAAGCAAACUGAUUGCCGAUUACCGAUUAUUCAAUAUACAAGGCAAAUUUAACAUGUAAUUGUAAUUUGAAGCCAGGCUGCAAUUGAAAGGUUUUACAGUAAAUCAUGCCUACACACAUAAACCAGCAACAACAGUAACAAGAUCAGAGAAUCCGUAAAUAUAUACUUAUACAUAAUAUAGAUGACCCAUAUACAUACACUUAUUAGAUACUUUAGAAGAGAGAUUCUCUAGAAAUGCUUUUAAAUUAAAAAAUCCACAAAAAAUAACAAAAAAAACGAAGAAAUAAACAAGAAAAAAAUAACUGAUUUAAGCAAAGUAUUUUAUUAAAAACACUCAGUAAGGAAAGGGCAAAUUCAAGCGCAAAAACACAAAAAAAAGCAUAUAUAUAAAUUUCUUAAAACUUUCAGCGAAAGGCAAACAUUUGUGAAAUAAGCCAACUCAGACACUUUUUUAGAACAUCAGAAAUUGGAGUUGACGAUGAUGAUGAUGAUCACUAGACGUCGUUGAGAAUACUUUAAAGAUAAUUAUAAGCUAAACGAAAACGAUUUUUAACUUUCUCCGAAUAAGACAAAAACAAUUAUUACCAGCAAAUGGUAGAAGCGCAUUCAUAUUUGCUAAUUAGCAACUUAUUAAACUAUAAAGAACAAGCAACAUUUAAAAGCUAGAGCAGAAAGCAGGAACCCACACAAAAAUGAAAAAGCAAAUACAAAAAAUAAAAUGAAAACAUGAAUCCAUGAAUCCAUGACACCACACACCCAAGUUUUCAUUUUCCAUUAAAAACGAUAUAUAUUCAAGUGCUUCUUACAUAAAAUAAAUAUAAAUAUAAAUAUAUAUGAAACAAAAAAUAUAUUAAUGAUUACAUGAUAGAUAUUAUUACAAGCAGGCAUUACAUUAUAAAUACCUACUAAAUAGUUUAAGGCAUUUACCACAAACUUCAUUAUUAUGAACUGUAUUAUUAUGUUUUGUGAAAUCGAGCGAACUAUUACAGAUAAUGAAAAUCAGAUAACUGAGCGGAUUUAGAGUAAACGUAAUAACUCUGUACUAUAUCCGGUUCCGUUUGGUUUUUUAAUCUCUAAGUAGCCAGCUCUCUAUGCAAAUAGAAUAAAGACGAACACACACUGACACGUAAUCGAUGCAUUUUACUUACUUGAAAGCCAUCAAUGCAGCAAAGUAAAGCGAGUUCUUGAAUUCAAUUUAUAUAAUUAUGUUAAGAUUUUAUAACGCAACCAGCCUAACGUAUGCAUUACCCCUAUGAAUACUAUUAUGCGAAUCUUUGUAAAUACUCACCAACCAAAUAAAUACUCCUUCAUUCAAGCGAAAUCCAGUUCAGACCCCAAAACUCAACACGAAACAUUUGAUUUCCUACCCACACCCACACCCACAUCCACACACAAUCCUAAAGAGAUGCUUAUCGGUUAGGUAUUAUCGAUUAGGUAGCAUACCAGCCACGAGUAUGUUAUCCGUUCUUUAGCGAUUACAAAUACGUAAGGAUAAAUUUAAAUUGUUGAAAAUGUAGCGCAAGAACGUAAUGAGUAAUGAGUAACAAACUAAAUGAAAGCCCCAAAGCGAAUAACAAAUAUUUAACCAAAUAAGUUACGAAAGUUAGACACAAAACGGUACUUCCAAGCAACUAUAGAGCUAACAGCAAGCCAUUUAAAUGAAUGAACUCAAAUGCGAACUAAACUGUAUGAAUUGAAUUCCCGUCCCGAUCCCGGUUUAAAUCCGCUGAUAAGGUGCACCGAAAUAAGCCCCAGAUCUUCUCAAGCAAAUCCAAAGAUCGGUAACGGUUCGUGCGAAAAGGUGGCCCUAUCUUCUAGUUCCCCCAUUGAAAUCUCCUCUACACAACUCCCAUUAGGAAUUCGUCAAGUUUUGGAUUCAGAAACUAAUACACAACACUUAAUUAUUCAUGAAUGCGGUAUGUGCAGUAUCAUAAAUCAGAACGGCACCGCGAAUCGAGAAUCUACAGCAUGAAGAAGCUAUAUAAAACAACAACAUGAACAACAAAAAAUUGUUAGUAAAAAGACUGAGCUACAAAAUAUACAAGAAAAACACAAAAGAAACACAAGCUAGAAACAAAUCAGUGAAUAACUUUGAUUCAGUGACAAAUUAAUUAAUGUGCAUUUUUGGGUAAACGAUUUUUGACGAACGGAAGCCAGCAAAUUCGUUACAAUUUUCAGUCUCAUCAGUCGUAAAUUUGUUAAGAAGUUCCUAACACAAAGCGCAGGCAAAUCCAUUCUGAUAUUAAAUCCAAUCAAUGUCGAGCCAGGUUCAAUUGUGCACCUACCUAGAAGGAACUUCUGCAUUAACUAUUUACUUCUCAGUGCACGAGGGUUUGUUGAAAUCGUAAUUAAUGGAAGCUGCUAAAGAAAAUACGUAAUUUGACACUUUGAUACUUUUAAGUUCGAAUUUGGAUUUGAAUUAAGAGGCUUCUUGUUUACUUUGGGCCACUGCCACAGCAUAAUCGAGAUUAAAAUACCUAGAAUGAAUAUAUAUAAACACGUAUAUACAUAUAUAGACUCAAGUAUAUAUGCAUACACUUGCUUUUAGCUUUCCUAGAACUCUGAUUUCCAUACUUGAACGUACAGUAAGCUGCGAGACAUAAGAGAUAGUCGGUCUCAGGCACGAAAUAAUCAAACUGAAGCUGAUAAAAACGACACGAGCUCAAAGAUUUGGUCCGAGACACAAUUAAUUCCACACAAACCAAACGGAUCGGAAAACAUUCUGACGCAAGCCACACAAAAGUUGAACAUGCAUGGCGAAAAAGAGAAAUCGAUUAAUGAAAACCGCAUAUUAUUAAUGAUUAUUAUAUUGUAUUAUUAUAACUGAAAUAUUUAGAUGAAAUGACGAUUCUUAAUUAUAACACAUUAUUAUAGAUACAUACUGAACAAACCGAAGCAAAAGAAGAAAUUGAAAUGAAACUUAAAAAAAAAACAAAA